CUGCAGGUAUGCAAUCUGUCAACACAUCCGUACGGCUGUCGCGUAAUUCAGCGUGUCCUGGAACACUGUACUGCUGAGCAGAAGCGACCGGUGCUGGAUCAGCUGCAUCUGCACAUCAGAGCAUUGAUUGUUGACCAGUAUGGGAACUACGUCAUCCAGCACGUCAUCGAGCAUGGUUCAGCGGACGAUCGCAAUCGUAUAGUCAAGGAGAUUCAGGGCGAAGUUUUGCAAUUCGCGCAACACAAAUUUGCAUCAAAUGUGAUCGAAAAAUGUUUGACAAGUGGCGAGCCGCAUCAUAAGAGCGCUUUAAUUACUGAAGUUUGCGGCGGUCCAAACGAUACAUCUACCCCGCUGCUGGCGAUGAUGAAGGACCAGUUCGCCAAUUACGUUGUACAAAAAAUGCUGGAUGUAGCGGAUAGCGCGCAUCGUAAGAAAAUGAUGCUUGCCAUCAAGCCACAUAUCCCAGCACUACGGAAGUACAACUACGGCAAGCAUAUCAUAAGAAUCGUUAUCACUGGAAAUCCUGGCAAUUGA